UCAGACCCUCCACCCCGGGAGCGGGGGAUUGCCAUAGCGUUUUAACUUUGCAUGUCAGGAACCAGAAAGUAAAAGUCGGUGAGAAAGGCCGGGAAAGCUGCGCACAUCAAGCAGGCGGCCCAGCAGGGAGGCAGGAGCUGGGGACUUCCCGGUCUUCCAGGGUCUUCCUCGGCUUCCCACCCCCCUUCCCCGCCUAGGCCCGAGGCGUCACGUGGCGGCGUGGGGCCCGCCUCCGGUGACGUCACCGCGCUCGCAGCCGUCGCGCUGAAGAAAGGAUGCUCUAGGAUGCUGUGCAGGUGGGCGGCGGGGAUGCGCCAUGCAGCACUGCAGGUGUAACUAGCAUGGUCAAUGCCGGAGCGAUGAGCGGCUCUGGAAACCUGAUGGAUUUCCUUGACGAGCCUUUCCCUGAUGUGGGGACGUACGAGGACUUCCACACCAUCGACUGGCUGCGGGAGAAGUCCCGGGACACCGACAGACACAGAAAGAUAACCAGCAAAAGCAAGGAGUCCAUAUGGGAGUUCAUCAAGAGUCUGCUGGACGCCUGGUCAGGCUGGGUGGUGAUGCUGCUCAUCGGCCUGCUGGCAGGCACCUUGGCUGGAGUCAUUGAUCUCGCCGUGGACUGGAUGACCGACUUGAAGGAGGGGGUCUGCCUGUCCGCCUUCUGGUACAGCCACGAGCAGUGCUGCUGGACUUCCAACGAGACCACUUUUGAGGACAGGGACAAGUGUCCCCUCUGGCAGAAAUGGUCGGAGCUGCUGGUAAAUCAGUCGGAGGGCGCCAGUGCUUACAUUCUGAAUUACCUCAUGUACAUCCUGUGGGCAUUGCUGUUUGCCUUUUUGGCCGUCUCCCUGGUGCGCGUGUUUGCGCCAUACGCCUGUGGCUCCGGUAUACCAGAGAUAAAGACCAUUUUGAGCGGCUUCAUCAUCAGGGGCUACUUGGGGAAGUGGACCCUGCUCAUCAAGACCGUCACCCUGGUGCUGGUGGUGUCCUCCGGCCUGAGCCUGGGGAAGGAAGGGCCGCUGGUGCACGUGGCUUGCUGCUGUGGCAACUUCUUCAGCAGCCUUUUCUCCAAGUACAGCAAGAACGAGGGCAAGAGGCGCGAGGUGCUCUCGGCCGCCGCCGCCGCCGGAGUGUCCGUGGCCUUCGGGGCUCCGAUCGGGGGUGUGCUCUUCAGUCUUGAGGAGGUCAGUUACUACUUCCCCCUGAAGACCUUGUGGAGGUCCUUUUUCGCGGCCCUGGUGGCAGCCUUCACGCUGCGAUCCAUCAAUCCUUUCGGGAACAGCCGCCUUGUCCUCUUCUACGUGGAAUAUCACACGCCCUGGUACAUGGCUGAGCUCUUCCCCUUCAUCCUGCUCGGGGUCUUCGGCGGCCUGUGGGGGACCCUCUUCAUCCGCUGCAACAUCGCCUGGUGCCGGAGGCGCAAAACCACCAGGCUGGGGAAGUACCCGGUGCUGGAGGUCAUUGUGGUGACUGCCAUCACCGCCAUCAUCGCCUACCCCAACCCCUACACGCGCCGGAGCACAAGCGAGCUCAUUUCCGAGCUGUUCAAUGACUGUGGGGCCCUCGAGUCUUCCCAGCUCUGUGACUACAUCAACGACCCCAACAUGACCCGGCCUGUGGAUGACAUCCCGGACCGGCCGGCGGGCGUCGGGGUCUACACGGCCAUGUGGCAGCUGGCCCUGGCGCUGGUCUUCAAGAUUGUCAUCACCAUCUUUACCUUUGGCAUGAAGAUCCCCUCAGGCCUCUUCAUCCCCAGCAUGGCGGUGGGAGCCAUGGCCGGCAGGAUGGUGGGAAUCGGCGUGGAGCAGCUGGCUUACCAUCACCACGACUGGAUCGUCUUCAGGAACUGGUGCAGGCCCGGAGCGGACUGUGUCACCCCCGGACUUUAUGCCAUGGUGGGAGCAGCAGCCUGCCUAGGUGGAGUUACCCGGAUGACGGUGUCAUUGGUGGUCAUCAUGUUCGAAUUAACAGGUGGUCUAGAGUACAUUGUGCCCUUGAUGGCGGCAGCCGUGACCAGCAAAUGGGUGGCCGACGCCUUUGGGAAAGAAGGCAUCUAUGAGGCUCAUAUCCACUUGAACGGGUACCCAUUUCUGGACGUGAAGGACGAGUUCACCCACCGCACGCUGGCUACCGACGUCAUGCGGCCACGGCGGGGCGAGCCGCCUCUGUCCGUGCUCACCCAGGACAGCAUGACCGUGGAGGAUGUGGAGACGCUCAUCAAGGAGACCGACUACAACGGCUUCCCCGUGGUGGUCUCCAGGGACUCCGAGCGCCUCAUUGGAUUUGCGCAGAGGCGGGAGCUGAUCCUCGCAAUAAAGAACGCCAGACAGAGGCAGGAGGGCAUCGUGAGCAACUCCAUCAUGUACUUCACGGAGGAGCCCCCCGAGCUGCCGGCCAACAGCCCGCACCCCCUGAAGCUGCGGCGCGUCCUCAACCUCAGCCCGUUCACGGUCACGGACCACACCCCCAUGGAGACGGUGGUGGACAUCUUCCGGAAGCUGGGGCUCCGGCAGUGCCUGGUGACGCGGAGUGGGAGACUUCUUGGCAUCAUCACGAAAAAGGAUGUCUUGAGACAUAUGGCCCAGAUGGCAAACCAGGACCCUGAAUCCAUCAUGUUUAAUUAGAAACAAGGUGGCAUUUAUUUUGAGAAAAACACAACCGUGUCAUUUUAAAAGAAAUAAACAAAUGUUAUGUUAUUAUCCUAAUGAACGAUUGUGCGCUGGGGGCAGUGGAAACAAAAGCUUUGUUGGAAAGGAAGAAGGAUGAAAUCUUU